AUGGGAGGGAACGAGACGGAUAAGCUGGCACUGUUAGCCAUCAAAGCUCAAAUAAAGCGAGAUCCUCUUAAUGUAACGAGCUCCUGGAAUGAAUCCAUUCACUUUUGCUUCUGGUACGGUGUCACCUGCAGUCGACGACACCAUCAAAGGGUCACAAUGCUAGACCUACGAUCUCAAAAUCUUGCAGGGUUCUUAUCACCAAACAUAGGAAAUUUGAGUUUCCUGAGGGAACUACGGCUCCAAAACAACAGCUUUAGCCAUGAAAUACCUCCACAAAUUGGGCAUUUGCAUAGAUUGCAGGUAUUACGUCUACACAACAACUCAUUUACUGGCUAUAUUCCAAACAACAUAUCAUAUUGCUCCAACCUCAUCUUCAUGAACAUCGGUGCGAACCGGCUAGUGGGUAAAAUUCCAUCUGAAUUUGGCUCUUUGUCGAAGCUUCGAAGAUUUAUUUUACAAAUUAAUAAUUUAACGGGAGAGCUCCCUCCUUCCUUGGGAAACCUUUCGUCUCUCGAGGUACUUGCUGUAUCUCUUAAUAAAUUGGUGGGAAGCAUCCCUACUUCUCUAGGCCAAUUGAAAAAAUUAACAUUUUUGUCAUUUGGCUCAAACAACUUAUCUGGUACCAUUCCUCCCUCCAUCUAUAACCUCUCUGCUCUAAAUUUUUUUUACGUAGAAAUUAAUAAAAUUCGAGGGAGUCUUCCAUCAGACUUGGGAAACACUCUUCCUAAUCUCCAAAUCUUUAGCAUCGCUGCAAACCAAUUUUUUGGAUCCUUGCCACUCUCACUAUCGAAUGCCACGAAUCUACGUGUAAUUCAAGUUCCGGAAAACAAGCUGACGGGACAGGUGCCGGAUUUACGAAAGCUUCAUAACCUACAGCGAUUCAUCAUUGCUGAUAAUCAUCUUGGAAGCGGUGCAGAUGGUGACUUGAGUUUUUUCUCAGACUUGACCAAUGACACAGAGUUAAUAAACUUGAGUAUUGAGGGAAACAAUUUUGGUGGGACGUUGCCCGCAUCAAUAUCCAAUCUCUCAACCAAGCUUCAACUGUUUUGGUUUCACAGAAACCAAAUACGUGGAAGCAUCCCAAGAGACAUAGGGAAUUUGGUCAAGUUGGAAUCGUUGGGAAUGUGGGGAAAUAGCUUCACGGGUAGCAUCCCCAGUGAAAUUGAGAAGAUGUCAAGCCUUGGGGAAUUAGAUAUUUCUAUGAAUGCAUUAUCAGGAAGCAUUCCGGCGUCUUUCGGAAAUUUAACCAAGUUAUACAGACUCUACUUAAGAGGAAAUAAUCUUGAGGGCGUCAUCCCUUCAAGCCUGGGGAAUUGCCAGCGGUUGAUAUUAUUGGAUUUAUCUAAUAAUGAACUUAGUGGUGCAAUACCUCAACAAGUUUUUGGCCUCCCAUCCUUAUCACAGUUUUUGAACUUGUCUAGGAACCACUUUACGGGUUCUCUUCCGAUGGAG